AUGGAUAACAUCUUUGGUUGUUAUUCCUAUUCGGAGCGUAAGAAGGUCCAAUAUGCGGCCGCCCAAUUAGCCGAGAAUGCCCUCACUUGGUGGGAUCGUGAGGUUACUGAGCGCCGGCGAGGCCAUUACGCUCAGGUCGAGACUUGGCGUGAGAUGAAGAAUCUCAUGCGAAAACGUUUCGUACCUCCUCAUUUCCAUCGAGAUUUACAACGGAGGUAUAGGCGUCUAGCGCAAGGGUCUAGGUCGGUAGAAGAAUACUUUGAGGAAUUUGAGAGCAUUAGAAGCCGACUAGAGCUAGACGAGGACGAGGAAACGGUUAUGGCCCAGUUCUUAGACGGACUGCAGGAUAAGAUUGGCUGCCAGGUCGAACGCCAUCCGUACCAAGACCUCCAGGAUCUCGUGCACCUAGCCGUGCAAAUCGAGCAACACGAAAGACGUAAGUCUUCUAGGCUGGGUAAACCCCGAGCAUACGCUGCCGGAACCUCUAGCACUCCGUCCAAACCCACAUCCGUUAGGAGAGAGGUCCCCGAGAGCCGAACCGUAUCGAGUUUUCGUGACAAAGGAAAGAAUCCGGAAACAUUGAGACCAAAACCCCUACCCAAACCUCCAAAGGACACUAGAGCCCACGAGGACGAGGCUGCCGACUCCGACGCGGAGAUCGAGUACCCGGACAGCGGCGAGUUACUUGUCACCCGACGAGUACUUAGCACGAUAGUAACUCCGGACGAAACAGCCCAGCGAGAGACCAUCUUCCACACCCGUUGUACUAUACACGGAAAAGUUUGUGGGAUGAUCGUCGAUAGUGGGUCGUGCACGAAUGUAGCAAGCGCGUAUAUGGUAAAGAAGUUAAACCUACCCACUGAGAAACAUCCGCAUCCAUAUAAGCUGCAAUGGCUUAAUAACAGCGGAGAGAUAAAGGUGACCGAAAGGGUCAAGAUCCCGUUCAGCAUAGGUAAGUACCGCGACGAGGUCAUCUGUGACGUUGUCCCUAUGCAAGCCGGCCACAUUCUGCUUGGUAGGCCUUGGCAAUUUGAUCGGGAGGUCAAACACGACGGUCGAGCAAACCAAUACUCUUUCGUAUACGACAAGCGAAAGAUUGUGCUCGCACAAUUGAGUCCAUCUCAAGUUCACGAGAUGCAGCUUAAACUAGCCAAGGAACCCGAACCGAAGAAAGGGAAUUUCUAUCUUAAGGCUAGUCAGGUGGUACGUGCUGUUCGUCAAGAACAUCCGGUUUUGCUCUUGGUCUUCAAAGAUCAAUUGAGCCUCCGUACGGAGACACCGUUGAGUCCCGUUAUUAGCCGACUCUUAGAGCGCUAUAGCGAUGUAUUUCCGGACGAGAUUCCGGCGGGACUACCACCUAUACGCGGGAUCGAGCAUCAGAUCGAUCUAGUGCCGGGAGCACCCUUGCCUAAUCGGCCCGCAUACCGGAUGAACCCCGAGGAAACCAAAGAGCUCGAGAAGCAGGUUCAAGAGCUUAUGAGUAAGGGUUACAUCCGAGAGUCUCUUAGUCCUUGUGCAGUUCCCGUACUACUUGUACCGAAAAAGGAUGGGACUUGGAGAAUGUGUGUGGAUUGCCGAGCAAUCAAUAACAUCACAGUUAAGUACCGGCAUCCCAUACCCCGACUUGAUGACAUGCUCGAUGAGCUAAGUGGAGCCACGAUCUUCUCAAAGAUCGAUCUUAAGAGUGGCUACUAUCAAGUCCGGAUGAAAGAAGGCGACGAAUGGAAAACCGCCUUCAAGACCAAACAAGGUCUUUAUGAGUGGCUCGUCAUGCCAUUCGGGCUUACGAACGCCCCGAGCACUUUCAUGCGGCUCAUGAACCAAGUUCUAAGAGCCUUUAUCGGAAAACCAUAUCUCGCACUUAGAGCAAGUAAUGACCACCCUUCGGAAAGAAAGCCUCUAUGCAAACCUUAA